AUGGGUGAUCAGCAGGGCGGCAAUGGAAACAUCUCGACGGUAUAUGAUCCCAACUAUUUCGCAAACACUGUCCACCCGACGGCCCAAACACCUUCUGUAAUGGACUCCCCGCCGCCUCCAGAAUACUCCUCUUAUCCGGACGACAUCGGCUUCAGCGACAGCAACAUUCGGAGAGGAUUCAUUAAGAAAGUCUACUUUACAUUAAUGCUGCAGCUGCUGGUGACUGUGGGCAUCAUCUGUGCUUUUCUUUACUGGUCAGCACUGAGGGAUUGGACAUUUGAGACCUACUGGUUUUCGUACGUCAUGAUGGCCGUGGUGCUGGUACUCGCCGUGGCCUUAUCUUGCUGUGACAACCUCCGCCGUCAGGUCCCUCUCAAUUUCAUCGCCCUGGGCUUGUUUACGGUGGCGGAGGGCCUGAUGCUUGGAUCUGUAGCAGUGUACUUUGAUGCAGAGGCCGUCUUGUGGGCCAUGCUGGCGACUUCACUGGUGUCUUUGGCCUUAAGUCUGUUUGCCUUCCAGUCAAAGUGGGACUUCACCAUGUUAAACGGGAGCCUGUGGGUGUUAAUGUGGACCCUCUUUUCAUUCUGUUUGCUUUGUGCAGUCCUCCGAUCACAGUAUGUUUACAUCGUGUAUGCCUGCCUGGGGACCUUGGUGUUUUCUUUGUACCUGGUGUUCGACACUCAGCUGAUCGUGGGAGGGAAACACAGGAAGUAUGCGGUGUCCCCAGAAGAGUACGUUUUUGCAGCUUUGAACUUGUACCUGGACAUCACGUCCCUGUUCCUGCUGCUGCUGCAGCUCAUCGGCCUGUGUCGCUGA